GCCGGAAGCGGCGGGAGGCGGCGCGGAGCGGGUUGGAGCUGCCGGAGCGGCGGCGGUGCAGCGCGGAGCUCCAGCGCCGCUUUCCAUCCUCCCGUCCGUCCUCCUGUUCCUGCCUUCGCUCCGCGGCAGCGCCGGGACCGAUGAGCGGGCUCCGAGCGCCCGGCGUGCGGCCGGUGCCGACCUGCCUGCUCCUGCUGGGGCUGCUCCUGCCCGCCGCCGCCGCGGGCGCGGCGUGCGAGCUGGAGGCUGCGGACGGCGGCGGCGGCGGCCGGCGGGGAGGACGGGGCGGCGCGGCCGCCUCUGCGGCGGAGCCGGUGACAGAUCCCUGCAGUUCACUCAGCCCGCCGUGCUUCACUGAGGAGGACCGAUUCAGCCUGGAAGCUCUCCGCAUGAUCCAUAAGCAAAUGGACGAUGACAAAGAUGGUGGUAUCGAAGUAGAUGAAAGUGAUGAGUUUCUAAGGGAAGAUAUGCAAUACAAGGAUGCCUCKAACAAACAUAGUCACCUGCACAGAGAAGACAAACAUAUCACCAUUGAGGAUCUGUGGAAACGCUGGAAAACAUCUGAAGUUCAUAACUGGACUCAAGAAGACACUCUUCAGUGGCUAUCAGAAUUUGUUGAAUUGCCUCAAUAUGAAAAGAAUUUUAGAGACAGCAAUGUCAAUGGAACAACACUUCCCAGGAUAGCCGUAAAUGAGCAUGCUUUCAUGAUCUCUCAUUUGAAAAUAAUUGACCGGAGCCAUAGACAGAAGCUUCAGCUUAAAGCCUUGGAUGUUGUUUUAUUUGGACCUCUCACCCGUCCCCCUCACAACUGGAUGAAGGAUUUUAUAUUAACAGUUUCUAUAGUUAUUGGUUUUGGAGGCUGCUGGUUUGCAUAUACACAGAACAGAACCUCAAGAGAACAUAUCACAAAAAUGAUGAAGGACUUAGAAAGUCUCCAAACAGCAGARCAAAGUCUUCUUGACUUGCAGGAAAGGCUUGAGAAGGCACAAGAAGAGAAUAGAAAUGUUGCUGUUGAAAAGCAAAAUCUGGAGCGCAAAAUGAUGGAUGAGAUCAAUGAUGCCAAACGUGAAGCUCAUCGCCUAAGGGAAUUGAGAGAGGGAGCUGAAUGUGAGCUCAGCAGGCUCAAAUACGCAGAGGAAGAGUUAGUACAGGUUCGUAUGGCUCUAAAAAAGGCUGAGAAAGAGUUUGAGUUGAGAAGUAAUUGGUCUGUUCCUGAAGCUUUGCAGAAGUGGCUUCAGCUAACACACGAAGUUGAAGUACAAUAUUACAAUAUCAAAAGACAGCAUGCAGAAAUGCAAUUAGCAAUUGCUAAAGAUGAGGCAGAAAAGAUAAAAAAGAAGAGAAGCACUGUGUUUGGAACAUUACAUGUUGCACACAGCUCCUCCCUGGAUGAAGUGGACCAUAAAAUUCUUGAAGCAAAGAAAGCACUCUCUGAGUUAACGACGUGUUUGCGAGAGCGUCUUUAUCGAUGGCAACAGAUUGAGAAGAUUUGUGGGUUUCAAAUCGCACACAACUCUGGGCUACCAAGCUUGACRUCCUCCCUCUACUCUGACCACAGCUGGGUAGUUAUGCCUCGAGUUUCCAUUCCUCCCUACCCAAUUGCAGGGGGAGUUGAUGACUUAGAUGAAGAUACUCCUCCGAUAGUUUCACAGUUUCAUGGGUCCAUUGUAAAACCUCCCAGCACACUGGCAAGAAGCAGUAGCUUGUGUAGAUCAAGACGCAAUGUUGUGCCAUCAUCUCCACAGUCUCAGCACGCUUUGCACUCCCCUGACCCUGACAUCCUCUCUGUGUCGAGCUGCCCUGCUCUUUAUCGAACUGAAGAGGAGGAGGAAGCCAUUUACUUCUCUGCUGAUAAACAAUGGGAAGUACAGGAAACAGGUUCGGAAUGUGACUCCUUAAAUUCAUCCAUUGGAAGAAAACAGUCUCCUCCAGCAAGUCUUGAGAUGUACCAGACAAUUUCUCCUCAGAAAGUAUCGCCAGAAGAAUUCUCACUUGAGGAAUCAUCUACAGGAGACUCCUCUUCUCUAACUGCAGAUAUUUCUAGGGGCUCUCCUGACUGUGUAGGCAUGGCAGAAACUAAGAGCAUGAUCUUUAGCCCUGCAAGCAAAGUUUAUAAUGGAAUCCUGGAGAAGUCUUGCAGCAUGAACCAGCUUUCAACUGGGAUCCCAGUCCCAAAGCCUCGUCACACCUCAUGUUCUUCAACAGGCAGUGAUUGUAAACCCAGCCAUGAAGCUGCUUCUGUCCCUAGGAUAAGUAGCAUCCCACAGGACCUCUACCAGAAUGGUGAAAAAAAUAAAAAGCCAUCAAAAAUAAAAAACCUCUUUAAGAAGAAGUGUAAGUGAGGUGGGCAGAAGAAAACAUACAAUAAUGUUAUAAGAACUCUAUUUUUUAAAUCUUUAGGAAUGUAAUUCCAUUUGAGCAUUCCAGACUGGAUGCCCRAAUGGAAUACUCUGUAGGUCACCUAUAUUUAAUGACUGUACUGUCAAUGGUCGUGCCAGCUGUCAAUGAGAAAUCAUUAAAAAGAUCAGACAGUUUACAUUAAUUUCUGCCUAUUUAUUUCUUUAUAUUUUUUAGUUGUUCUUUUUCAGAUUUUUUUUUUAAUUUUUAUUUGUUUAGUUGGGCUUUUUUAAGUUUAUUCAUAAACCAUUUUUAAGCCACUUUGGACUCCUAAGCUUUAAUGGACUAGUAAGCCUUCCUGGGCUUGCCAAAGUUUCUUGUUUACUGGAGCAUCUUCCUAUCUUUCCGUAGAACUAGGACAUUUAACUACUGGACUUUAAACAAAAAUAAAAGAAGUAGAACUAAAUGAAUUGCACUACCGUUUUACAGACUGGAACAGUCUCUGCAAGUGAAACUGAAAGACUUGUAUUUGACUGAGAAGAUGAAUCUUUUCAAUUUUAGAUCUUUUGGGAUUUUUAAGUAGAAUUUAGCAUUUCUAAUUGACUUGAUUCCUGGAAAUAGAAAUGUCAUACUUUUAUUAUGGGAAGCUUUGUUAGAUGCAUUUAUUAUUAGAAUGGUUCAAGUCCUGCUUUAAAGAUCAUUUUUUUCCCAGGACUUUCACUGUGAUUUUACUUCACUGCAGGCUGUAUGACAAACAAAAAAAAAAAGAAAAAAAAAAUUUACCAAGAGAACAGGCUCUUGAUUCCUUAUGCAAGUGAUGGUUGUGAAACUUGACUGAAGACUGAAAAAAUUCACCCUCUUGAAAUGAGGAGGGGAAUAGUAGCUUUUGUUUACAGAUUGACAGACAAUGGACAUUUGGGUUGUGGAAGUUUGUGCUGUGGUAAAGAUAAUAAAUUGGAAACAUUGUUGUGCUUGGGAAUGUUCCAAUUGUAGCUGAUGCUUGUUUCAGACUUGUUUCAGAGGUCCUGUUAAUUGAAAGCUGUUGUAGGCUACAUUGCUUAUGCUUACUGCURUGUAUAAGUUAUAUUUUUUGAAUUAGCUAUUAUUGUCUUAAUGUCCUCCUUUUGUAAGAUUUCAUACACUUUAUUUUUGUAUAGUUUGAAGAUUUAGCUGUUCAGAGAUGUCUGAAGUAAAUGGUAUAAUUUUAUAAUGCAUACUGUUAUACUAACUCAUAAUUUUAGAUAUAAAGAUAAAUAUAAAGGUGAGAUGGCAUGCUUCAGAUAAAAGCAAUUUUUGUGAAGCUUUUAUAGGGAGAGAUGAAAUGAUGCAAGGUAACAAGGAAGCCUUCUUAGGGUAGCAGUAGCUAGUCRUUCAAAAACAUCUUUUUAUUUUUUUUUAAACAGUUGGAGACAAGAAAUGUACUGCUUAAGCAACAGUGCCUUUUAUUCAGUUUGAAAAUAUUAGUACUGAGCAGGAAUUUCUUCUGAGGUACAUUCCAAAGAAAUAUUUCCUGCUCUAGUCAACACAAGCAAUUUACCCAGUGAUGACUAAACAGUCUCUGAUCUUCCAUAGGGGUGUUCCAGUUGCCUCAAGUAGCAGGUGCCACUGCCAGGGACUUGUGAUUAGGGGCUCACACGCACCAAUAUGUAUGUGAUGUACUGUAUGAAAGAAUUAUUUCACUGACUGCCUAAAUUUUUUUAGUAAGGAGCCUUCAAAAACUGUAGCUAGUUGAAAUCAAGUGAUAUGUGUCUUUACUGUCAUUUUUUUUUUCGGUUCCACUGCGCAUACCCCAUGUGUUAGUUCUCUCCUCAAGAAGUGGUGGUGGUGGUGGUGAUUUUAACAGAUUUGCUGUGSUUGGUGACAUGGUUGAAAGAGAAGGGUUAUGAAACGGAUGGAGACCUUACAUGUGCAAGUACCUGAAAAAUCCUGAUACAUUGAUUAUUUCCUUAAGAGAGCAGAAGCAAUCCAGAGUUUUAUUGUCCAGCAAAGACGGAUUGUAGGCCAUCUGUGCAGAAAAGGGUGAGAGGAAGCAACUGUUUCGUUAAAGUUCCGAGAAGAAAAAAAUGGAAGAAUAGAAAAUAAUGAGAACAUAACAUUAUUCCAUUAUUCUCUGAAUCAUCGGAUUGAAUAGCUGUAGUGUAAAAAAAUAAAGUCAUCACAAGAUGACAAUUGUCUCUUU